UGUAGCGCCAAAUACGUCGGGUGGGCUUCGAUGGCGGGAUUUUGGUGUGAAUGAAACGAAAGUUUGAAUUUCCGAAUAGGAUGGAAUCGGAUAUCUGAUGGGAGGAUAUAAUAGCAAACUUAUAGUAUCAAAAGAUGAAUCAAAUCACACGAACAGGGUGAAUAUAGUUGAUACAAACGAGAAUUUUAAAACGACGGACAGCUAUCGAGUGGAUGAAAAACUUCUCAGUGCUCGUCAGUGCAUGAAAAUGGACUUACAAAAUCCCCCGGACUCUGUUAUACCAAGCCGGGGUGAGAUAAUGAUCGUAUUGUAUGAUUUUGCUGAAUCAAUGAGCUCUCAAAUCAGCAUAAAGAGGGGUGAGUUAGUUCGCCUUCUAAGUUACAGUCCUGCUGGAGAUUGGUCUGAAGUAGAAGCUUCCCUUGUCUUACAACCAAUUUCCAAGACUGGACCUGGUAGCUCCACUUCUGGGUCAGAAAGUCAUCCAUCCCAGUGUAAAAGUGGAGCUAAUACAAAGCAUAAUCAGGAGUCUGCCAGCGAAACUGGAAGUAAUGUAAAUGUUUCCUGCAUGUAUUUUUUCAACAAUUACCGACGUGGAUGGGUGCCAACAAGCUACUUAGCCACUGCAAAUGUCUUUCAGAAUUCUGUACCCCAGAAACAAGUUUUCCCUUCUCAGCAGCUAGUUACUUGUGGUAGUUCAGAAAAAGCAAGUUGUUCAAUAAAUUCUUCCCACUUGGUCAAUCAACAAGCCGUUUUUACCAAUGACCAUAUACAGCCAAGAGUAUCGAAUGUACCUAAUAAGGGUCCACUCCAUCCCGUUAUUAUGGAUUCAUCACCCUUAAGUCUUUUGGAACCAAGUCUUCUGUCCUACACAUGGUACCAUGGUGCUGUUUCAAGACAAGCUGGAGAGCACCUUCUUCGGAGUGGUAUUACCGGCUCUUUUCUUGUUAGAGCAUCAGAAUCUGCACCUGGUCAACUUUCCGUUACAGUACGUCAUUUAGGAAGGGUAUAUCAUUAUCGGAUUAGCCAAGACAGCAGGGGAAUGUUUUAUAUCACAGAAGCGCAUCGAUUUCCAAAUGUUGUACAAUUAAUUGAGCAUCAUUCUCGUUCUGCUGAUGGAUUAGUUUGUCCACUUCUUUAUCCUGUGCCAAAACCACAAUUUUUAAAUCAACCUAUGCAACAAUCGUGUUAUUCAUCUGUUCCACAAACACUGCCCAAUUCACGAGUAGUAGUAGUACCUGGUCAGAAUCAAUUUGAAGCUAAUUCUAUUUCACCUCAAUCGAAUAAUGAAUUGUCCAACUUCCCUGUACAUCAUAUAAAUGCUGGACAACAUAUACCUAAACCAUUCAUUCAUUCUGGUCAUGUAAAUAAUUCAGAAAGAUUAAGUGCUUGUAGUGAUUCUAUUGGCAGUAUGGAAUUCGAUGGAUGGGAAAUUGAUCGAUCGGAGAUUAUUAUGCGUCAAAAGUUGGGCUGUGGUCAAUAUGGUGAUGUAUAUGAAGCUGUAUGGAAGCGUUUCAAUUCUGUUGUUGCAGUGAAAACACUCAAACAAGAUGUCAAUCUGAAUGUAAAUGAUUUCCUUAAAGAAGCGGCUAUUAUGAAGAAAUUACGCAACAGAAACUUGGUACAAUUGUUAGGUGUAUGUACACGAGAACCACCACUUUACUUAAUCACUGAAUAUAUGCCAAAUGGAAAUCUGCUAAAUUAUCUACGCACACGUAGUCCAGGUGAAUUAACUCCACUUACUUUAUUGUAUAUGGCUGUACAAAUCGCCUCUGGUAUGGCAUAUUUAGAAGCCAAUAACUUUAUUCACAGGGAUUUGGCUGCAAGAAACUGUCUGGUUGGUGAGCGACACUUGAUUAAAGUUGCUGAUUUUGGCCUUGCUCGAUAUAUGCAACGUCAAGACACAUACACUGCUAGAAAUGGUGCUAAAUUCCCAAUUAAAUGGACUGCUCCUGAAGGCCUUUCUUAUUAUAUUUUCUCAUCAAAAUCUGAUGUAUGGGCUUUUGGUGUUGUUCUCUGGGAACUUGCUACAUAUGGUCUUUCGCCUUAUCCAGGAGUUGAACUGCACGAUGUUUAUCAUCUUUUAGAAAAAGGCUACAGAAUGGAACGACCACAUGGAUGUCCAGAAGCAGUCUAUUCUAUUAUGCUAAGAUGCUGGGCUUGGGAUCCAAAUUUACGACCAUCAUUCAGUGAAAUACACGCGGAACUUGAACAGAUGUAUGCAACUAUGAAUAUUGAAGCAGUGCAUUGGGCGUCUUACAAGUUACUGUAUUCUGGUAAACAGUAUCAUCGUAUACCUACAAAAGUUGCUAUGGAAUUAGAGAAACAACAAACUGGUAAUUUUAUACCACCAUCACAACAACAACACCAACAACCACCACAUCAACAAUCUAUUGGUUCACAUAGAUUUACAGAUAUUCAAUCACAUGAUUUUCAAGGGAAUUCAAUUAAUCAACAAAUAAUAAAUGCUGGUGGUAGUGGUUUUAAAGAAUCAUCAUUUACAGAAAAUAUGAACUCGGAUCAACAGCCUCAUCAGCAGCUGCAUCAUCCUCAAAUGUUAUUCAAACAGAUGAUGAAUUCUAUUCCGCCUAGCUCUAAUUUUGAACAGAAUUGUCAAAGCGCUGGUGUUAUAUCCUCAUCAUCCUAUGUUACAAUGAAUACAACUGGAUAUCCUAUUAAUCAUCAUCAUAAUAAUAAUAAUAUUGAUAAUAUUACUUCAUCAAGUAAUUGUACAAAACAAGAUAAAGUGAUAUUUAUUGAUCAAAAUCGUUUGACUAAUAAUAAGGAGAAAACUGAAGGUGCGCCUUCUUCAUCAUCAUCAUCCUCUGCUGCUGUUGCUGGUGGUCAUAUCACUGAUGCAUUAGCAAUGAUUUCACUUGAUGAUAAUGAAGAGAAUAAGAAACGUUUUUUUAAUCAUGAUAUUCAUUCAAUUCAAUGUGCAAAUAAUUCUGAUUUAAAUUCAAAUCAUAUUCUUUUACCAACUAGUAAUCUUGGUCAGAUCAGAUUCUUACCAAAUUCUGUAGCCUCCUCAUGCUCUCCACAAAUGGCACCAAUACUUAUUGAAUCUGGACAAAAUGGAUUCCCCACCACCUCCGUACAGUGUCAAACAACACAAUUUCCAAAUGGUUUAACACACACCCAGUAUUCACCGGCGUCAUCACCUGACAAUGGUGGAUGUCAGCCUAUUGGUGAAAAGUUGUGUUAUUUUAUCCCGGUUAGUAGUAGUAAUUCUUCUUCCUAUCAGCCGAAUUCAUCGCAUACUACCUCUACAAAUAUUACAUCGAAUCUUACUCAAUUUUCUAAUAUCAACACAAUUUCACCUGUUUCUAAAAUAUCUCAUCCACAUAUGAUGAAUUCAACGAAAGUAAUCAAUGAUAAAUUGUCUAUUCGACCUAAUCGUUCAGUUCAUCAUCGUAAUACUACUACGACUACUCCUGGUAGUAAUACUCAAAAUAGUAGUCAACAGAACGGUACAACACGAAGUCAAGACACAGAUACACCAGAUGAAAGUGGUGUUGGUGAAUCAAUUAUAUCGAAUGAAUCACCAGCAGAGAGUAGAGCAUGCGGUGGUGUUGGUGGCAGUGUUAGUGUCAGUGGGGCGAUCAAUAGUGCUGCAUCAAAUUCUGUCGCGUGCAAUACACCUAGUCAAGUUGACUGGCGAUUGAAUAUGCCUUUUGAAAUAUCUCUGCCAACUGAUCAUCCUUCACAUCAUCAGUUUAAUGCACCAGUUAUUGUGUCUCAUUCGAACGGUAUCCAACAACAACAACAGCAUUCACAUCCACACGUUGUCCUGCAUAGUUCUCAUUUCUCUACAGGUACAACUCAAUUCACUGUAGAUCCUAUGGAUCAAUUUUCAACAAUACCACCACAAGAUCGUAUAGGCAGUUAUUUGAAAAGUUUGGGAGAAUUAGAUACAAAUCGUAGGAUGGAGAUAUUUCACUCGUAUCAAUUACAACAAAAUCAAAAUUGUUUAAAUUCAACUGAUUUAAUGGAUACUACUAAGAACUUGCAUCCAUCGAAUUUCUUGCAUUAUCCGCCACCGCUACCACCUCCUUCUUUCCCGCCUCCUCCGACAGCUCAACCACCACCUCCAACAGCAACAACAACAACAAUACUAGCGACAUCAGCAACUGGAUGCACUGUGUCAUUGCCUACACCGACUGAUGGAGCAUCCCAAUUGAGUCUGCAUUUAAGUCCAGUCAGUGAACCUUCUAAAUCAAGUAUUUCUCAGUCUCAAUUCGUUGGCAAAUUUAAUGAACAAGCCUUUCAAUCGAAUGGAAAAUUAGAAAAUGAACUUAAUCAAUCGAAUAAUUGUUCGCUGAACAUUAAUAGUUCACGGAUUCAUUCAAAAAAUUUAUGUGAAUCAAUUAAAUCGCCUCAUAAUAAUCGGAAUGAUGAUGAUCAUGAUCAUGAUGAUGGUACCUCUUCGAAAAAUAAAGAGACACCACAUCCUCCUUAUACAUUUUCACAUUCAAAAGUUUCUCAUAUACGUCGACGAAAUAAACAACUCGACAUGGAACGUGUUGGUGGUGUUGGUGGUGACUCACAUUUUGACUGUCCCAAUGGACGUCGGCAUAUAUGUGAUGAUCGAUCAGAAGAAGAAUCAAAUACCGAAGAAGUACCAAGAUCAUUAGAAGAUGAAACUUUGUCUAUUGCAUCUGAUUCACCAAAUAAUUCAUCAUCAUCGAUUAAACCAGAUGCUGCUGUUGCAGCUGCCGCCGCCGCCGCUGAUCUUUCAGGUGAAGCUGAUGAUAAUGAUGAUGAGGAUGGCGACGAAGAUGAAGAUGAUGUUUAUCAAGCCCCUGAUUGUUACUACUUACCUAAUCAUACUACUAAUCAAAAUUCACAAAAUAUUCAUGCAAAUCCUUUAUCAGCUCAUCCAUCACUGAAGUAUCUAUUUGAACAAGUUGUAGAAUUACUCAAUCAGAGUAAAACGCUUAUUGAUAACUCUGAGCAAGACAGCAAUACAAAUUCACAGUCAACUUAUACUACUAAAUUGUGUAAUAGCAUAGACACUUUCAGAAUUGACUUAGAAGCUCAUAUUGUUCAGUAUAUCGACAUAAAUUCAAUGCUUGUUAAAGAUAUUUUAAUUGCAUGUGAUCAUUUAAGUAAACAAACAGCAGACUGUCUUUUGCAUUUAAAUACUACAGAAAAUAAAUAUUCACUUAAUUCAUGUUAUAAAUGUUUAAAAGAUCUACAUGAUUAUCUAUAUGAAUUGUUGGAUAAAUCAAAAUCUACGAAUACAAGUUCAUCAGUAGUAUCUGGUGGCAAUCAAACUCAUUCCGAUGAUCGAUCUUUCAAUACGACUACUACUGCCACUCCUACUCCUGCUGCUGCUGCUGCUGCCACGACUACAACUCAUGUAUUCGGCAAGGUAUGAGAUCUCUGCACAAUAACCUCUAAUUCAAUAAAUAAUUACAAUCAUAGUAACCUAACAAUGUUGCCGGAAGUUGGAAUUCACAGUUAUACAGUGUAGUACAGUGCACUUGGUACUUGUACACUUGCCCUUCAAGAUAUGAUGUCCAGUUUAGUCGUUUUGCUUUCAUUUAAAAGAAAAUAUAUAAUGUAAUAUUUAGCUUAUUCAUCAAAAAUAAAUCUUAGCAAUGCCAAGUACUACCAGUGUGUUUGUGUGUGUGCGCGCGUGCAUGCUCGCAUGACUUGUAUUCACACAUUGCUGUUUUCUUUUCUUUUUUCUUUUCUCCAUGUCUAUAAAGCAAACAAAUCCUAAUCCCCCCCAUAUGUAUGGAUGUAUGUAUGUAUGUAUUAUCUUUGAUAAUUUCCCAUUCACCCACCACAAAUGUACCCUCCCCCUCUCCCCCAAUUCGUUUUCUUCCCCUUUUGGGAUUACCUAUGUCUUUCGAUUAUGUUAACUUUCUGUCGUUUAUAAUAAUAAUAAUAAUUAUUAUUAUUAUAUGCACAUAUAAAGUGGCCAGUACAUGUAUGAUGUUAUUACUACUACUGAUGAUGAUGAUGGUCUUUUGAGUGUAAGUAAGAACUUUCUUUUAUAUAUAUAAUUUUCAGCUAACUGUCAUUGCUGCCUUCUUGUACUGUACAAUCAAUAUUCCUAUGUUGUAUUCUUUCUUUCUUUUGCUUGCCCUUUGUCUAUCACAUAUAUAUAUAUAUAUAUAUAUAUAUAUAUGCAAUAUUUGUAUAGAAUUCAUUUUGCAUGUGUCUUAUUUUAUCCCUCUUUCUUGUUUUUUCUCUUGUUUUGUUUAUUCUAAUUUUGUUCACGUUGACUUUUUUCGCUUAUUAUUAUUAGUAGUAAUAUUUUUAUCAUUACUUUGAUCAUUUUGUGAAUCACAGGAUAUACCUGUCUAUUAUCAUGCUCUGAUGAUGAUGAUGAUGGUAAUCAGCACAUCAAAUGUCAAUUAAAUAAAAAGAAAAUUAUGCAUAUACAUAUAUAUAUAUAUCCUCUUGAUGACUUCCACUGAGUUGUCUGAGCAGCCCACUCCUCCUCAUCCUCCCGCCCACCGCCGCCGUACUCUUCAAUUCUAACUUCCACUGUGUUUCAUAGUUAGUCAGUGGAAGAAUAGUAAACUCAUUAUCUAUCUUCUAUUUUCUUUUGCACAAGCAAUAUUUAUUUGCCUAAAUAUUGUUGUUGUUGUUUUGUGAUCUUUUGUUUACAAUCGGUGUUUCUUUCUUUCUUUCACCUUGGCUUAGUUGUUAAUAGAUUUUUCGAGCUAAUGAUUACAGUCUUGGUGAUGUUGGUGAUGGUCAUGGUGCUGUUACAUAAUUUUAGUCCUAUAUAUAUAUAUAUAUAUUAGUUUGUUAUAGUGAUAACUUCUUGUUUGUCUGUCUGUCUGUACAUCUCUGUAUGUGUGUGCGGGGGUGUGUGUCUCUGUGUAUUUAUUCGUUUGCGUUCUCUUACUCAUAUAAUCAUCAUCAUCAUUAUGCGAUCAUCGGGAAGAGAACCUACUUACUUACUUUACUUAUAUUUUUAUUUUGUAAUGAAUUUCACAUUUCAUGGUGAAUAGAAAAAAGCCUAUCUGACAGGUGGGAUAGGUGGAUAGACAGACGGGUGGAGUGCGACAGAGAAAGGAGGAAGGAAGCCAUUCACACCUCCUGUCGUUUUGGUUUGCUUUGUAGAAAAAAAGAAAUUUAUUUCCCUGUAUAUUUUAUGAAAAAACAAACAAACGGAACAGACAGACAGUCAUAAGAUAAUUUCUUUUGCCAAGAAUGUUAUUUCUAAUUUUUAUUUUGCCUUUUAUUCUCUAUUGUCGUUAUUAUUGUUGUAGCUGGUGAUGAUUGUCCUGUCUCUCUCUCCCUCCCUCUCUCUCUGCAGUCUUUUUUCUCAGUCUCUCCAUCCGUUUGAGAUAAAGGCUACUUCAACUACUACUACUGCGAUAAUGAUGAUGUCACUUAGAUGCUGAUUGAUUUAAGUAGAUGCUGUGAAUGCCUACACUACACAUUGUAAGAGCUGUUCUUGGUGUUGUUCUUGUCGGCUUCUGUCUUUAUUUCCCUUUAUUCACACACACACACACUAAUAUUUAUUAAUUUAUUAUUCUUAUUAUUAUCAUUAUUAUUAUUAUUAAUGAAUUACACGUAUUAUAUUACUUGUGCAAAUUUAUUUAAUAUUUAGUUAUUCUGCGUACUUAAACGAAAAAAAACAAAUAUCCAAAAUUAAUUAAUUUUAUUACUUCCACUAAUUAUAUUAAUAAUAAUAAUAAAUUAUUGUUAUUAUCAUGAUGAUAUCUGCAUUAUUUUAUUAUUAUUAUUUUUUGUUGUUGUUAUUUGAUGAAGGAGUGUGUGUAUCGGCCGGGACGGGGGGGGGUAAAGGGUGCUUUGUCCAGUGGAGCUGGUACUAGUGACUUUUUAUUAAUUACACUUGACAACUGAACGCUUUUGAGUAAUUAUCACAUGUGAUACACUGCUACAGAAACUUCAAGCGUCUAGCUUGGAGCCCUAUGUUCUACUGGUAACGUGAAGGAAAUAAAAAAAUACGAGGUUGGAUUUAGAGAUUUACAUUAAAGAUCAUUGUCAGAAUAAAAAGGGAUUCUGAUAAAAAGAAAUAGAAAGGAAAGACCAAAUUUUUACAGUAUUAAAAUAAUAUCACACAGUGUUUCACAAGUUGUAAUCAGUUGAAGACCACUCCGCUGAAAUCACAAUGGUUAUAAAACAAUCAGUUUGAUUGGUAGUAAAAAAAAUUUACAUACCAAAAGUAUGGUGGUGGUAUGCAGAUGACACAUUCAUUGUGAAAAGUCGUGACCAGUUGGGUGCAACAGGUCAGAUGGGAGGACAAAUACUCGUCCCUGAAGACAUUGGCUCGGAGUCGCGCUAUGUCGUGAAUUGGCA